AUGGCACUUGCGCAGACCCAAUUAGAAAGGCGCUACGGCCGCGCCCUCCAGGUUCUGCAGCACGCCCUUGACUCUUCCGAGAGCAUUGACUGGACCGUGUGGUACACCACGUUAUUACUAGCAUUGUUCGAGCUUCUGGAAACAUCCAGUCACCGGGCAUGGAUCUUCCACUCGCAGGGCGCGAAGCAUAUCCUCUUGAACCUAGGUCCGAACAACAUCAAAUCAGACUACGAGAAAAUCCUGCUCGCGGCACAAUGUCAGAUUCUGACCGUCGAAGCAACCUUCUUCAACAGAGACUGCUUCUUGAGCAACCCAGCAUGGCAGAAAGCCCUUCAGACGACGAUAACGUAUGACAGCAAGAUUCCCGACCGAUCCGAGCCCGUUGUCACAAUGUGGGCCACUGCUGCUUGUGCCCCGGAAUUGUUCAAGAGAGCGACCGAAGCCAUCCUUGAUCACCACCCACCCGACCGGAUCGCGGAGCUCGCCGACGAGCUUUCCGCGCUGUUAGACAGGUAUACCAGCUGGCGAGAGAAAUGGGAAGCAAGUCUCGUCCGCGAUGACUUUCCUGUCCCUCACGACCCCACCACCACUCUCGCCACGGCAGGUCCUACCAUCUACCCUCAGUUCCUAGCCUUCUGGGCAUUGACCAAUCGAUUUCUCCUAGCCAUUCAACCUCACAAAGCGCCUUUCGCAGAGACAAACGCGAUGGACGCGGCCCUCCGCAUUCUUGAAUUCGAUCGACUGAGGCAGACCGAUUCGGUGAUCGAUCGGUGUCGCACCUUCUCGGUCAGCAUUGGACGGUCAAUUGCACAAACGACGACAGAGUGGACGAUGCAGCAGAACAUCUCCCACGAGUGGGGAACGAUCGAGCCUGCUGUAUUUCUGCGCUGGAACACUCUGCUCGGGAGGACGACGCACGAGGAGGCGUGA